UUUUUUUUUCUCUCUAGAUCUUUCUCCGACAAAGCUCCCUCCCCCACUUGUUGGAAAGAAAUUGCGUCUCCUCUCCUCCUACAGCUCGCUUCGCCUCCUUCAAUCUUACUCUCUCAAUCUCAUCCUGGACGAAACUGAACCCAGCAAGCAAUCCAUUUUUCAUCAAUCGAGAAGAAGAGCAAUCUCCAAUUCUUCCACUCUCUCUCUCUCUCUCUCGCAGUCCCCCCACAGUCCCAGUCUCAGUCUCACAGUUGGGGGAGCUCGGCAGACAAUUCCAACUUCCAACCCAAAACUAAUCUUGGUUUCCUUGCCAAUUUACAAAAGUUGGUGCAUACAUAUUGCAGUGUGUCUGGCAUCAUCCUGAAACGAAUGCUUACAUGACUUGUCAAUUUUGUUGAGAAAACGGAGUUUGCGUUUGUAUUGUGGAAAUGGUCAAAUUGGUAUGUCUGGAAUUUCUCUUGUCCACUUAUGGAUGGAUGCAGUCACACAAGUGCAGAGUAGACAUCAACCUUCUGGUCGGCAAAGGUUCAGAGGAAUUGAGGCUAGCGAUUCUGUUGUCCUUGGUUUUACCAAAGGAAGCUGAUUACUGGUUAUCUCUCUGUGAAGAGUCGUAUAGCUUGGAUUAUAUCUGCACGCAAGAGUCCAUAUUCUUGAAAAACGAAGAAAGGUUAUGUUUAGAUUGGAGGUGUAGCCACCCCAACUAACUAUCUUGGCUCCGCCAUUAGUCAAUUCUAAUGGCAUUUCCUAGAACCCAAAAGUCCAAACCAGGACCUAGUUCCCCAAUCAUAUUCCUUGCCAUCUGCAUAGCUGCCAUUACACUCCUCUUCCUCUUUUCCUCUCUCAUAUCCACUAGUGGGUUCUAUAUAUCCUCUCCAAAAAUCCUAGAAAGCAUGCCCGAAGACAAGUACAAGAGCCAAAACCACCAAAGUGGCCAUGAGAAAUACCUCUACUGGGGUGACAGAAUUGAUUGCCCUGGAAAACACUGCAAGUCUUGUGCAGGAUUGGGCCACCAGGAGUCCAGCCUUAGGUGUGCUCUUGAAGAGGCCAUGUUCCUUCAGAGAACUUUUGUAAUGCCUUCGAGAAUGUGUCUCAACCCAAUGCACAAUAAGAAAGCAAUCCUUCAUCACUCAAAUGAUGGAAUUUCAGAAGAAAGAUGGGCAGCAAACUCUUGUUCCAUGGAAUCUUUGUAUGAUAUGGAUCUCAUAUCGGGCACUGUACCAGUAAUUUUAGACAAUUCAAAAAAGUGGUAUCAGGUAGGGGAAACAAGUAUGAAGUUGGAAGCUAGAGGAGCUGCUCAUGUGGAAGGAGUUAGUCGUGUUGAUCUUAAAGAAAACAGUCGUUUCUCAAAUCUUUUGAUCAUAAACAGAACUGCAAGCCCUCUCUCAUGGUUUAUGGAGUGCAAGGACCGAAAAAAUAGUAGUGCUAUAAUUUUGCCUCACUCCUUUCUUCCCUCAAUGGUGGCAAAGAAGCUAAGGAAUGCAGCUGAUGAGAUUAAGGAACUCCUUGGUGAUUAUGAUGCCAUUCAUGUUCGUCGUGGUGAUAUAAUAAAGACCAGGAAGGACAGGUUUGGCAUCAACAGGACACUGCAUCCUCAUGUGGACAGGGAUACUCACCCCGAGUUUAUUCUCCACAGAAUUGAAAAAUGGGUCCCAUCUGGACGAACUCUUUAUAUUGCUUCAAAUGAAAGGACACCGGGUUUUUUUUCACUUCUCUCAGUCAGAUACAAAUUGGCGUAUUCGUCAAACUAUAGCCACAUCUUGGAGCCUGUGAUUGAGAAUAACUACCAGUUGUUCAUGAUUGAGAGGCUUAUCAUGACAGGUGCUAAAACGUUCAUCAACACAUUUAAAGAAGAUGACACAGAUUUCAGUCUUACUGAUGACCGAAAGAAGAACACCAAGGUGUGGCAAAUACCAGUUUAUACCAUGGAUGAAGAGGGAACCUAACAUUUUAGCUCCGGAGAAAGGUUCCCAAAACUUUUCAACACCCGUACAGUCGUACUGAUACUCUAUACACAUAAUAAUACAAGCAGAGGCUCGCGUUUCACGCUACGAGAGCUUGAUAUGGAGGGGAAGAUUGCAGGCUACUUUUACCUUCAGUGUUGUUGAAUUGUGGCAUAAAUUACAACUUGUAGAUUUUCAAAUAUUUGUUUUAACCGGAAGGUCAAUUUUUUAUUUCUUAUAUACUUUGGCCCAGUUUAUUUGUA